UAUAACAGUGAAUGCAACUACCGUCACUGUGUGAGAGUGUGGUGUUAGAGCGUUAAUGAAAUAAACGACCUGUAUUUGAAUAUGAGCAGAAAUAAUAUGUCACAAAAUGUAUUGUAUGAAUUAAAUGAUCGGUAUGCAACAACGCUUUUACCAUCUACUAUUGUCCUUGGUGUUUUUGGAAUUGUCGGAAUAUUUGGAAAUAUAUUUGUGUUCAUUGUAUAUGGAUGCGGCAAGAAAUUUAAGGACAGAAAAUUCAGGUACUUUGUGGUAUCAUUGGGUUUAAUAGACCUUCUGACUUGCUUAACACUGAUACCAGCCGAAAUUCUAAAACACCGGACCUAUUUCAAUUUUACGGAACGUCACUUGUGCAAGAUGAAAUGUUUCAUGAAUGUUUUCGCGGCUGCCGGAGCGUCUUACUGUUUGAUGUUGGUGGCCGUCGACAGAUAUAUUCUGACCUGUCGACCCAUGCUGUGUAAGAAUGUCCCCAAGAUUUCACAUAGCUGGGCUUGGCGUCUCUGUUUAAUUAUGUUAUUGAUGGCUGUCCUCACAUCAAUACCCGCGGGAGUGCUAUGUGGAAUUACGUAUGACGUCAUUACCGAUGUGUACGGGAACGUUACCGCCGAAAUCUACGCUUGUGAAAGUGAACCGUAUUUUGAGGACGGAAUAUCUCGUUACGUAUAUAGGAUAUUUCUCAGUGUCAUACAGAUUUUAAUUAGCCUGUUGAUGAUAGUUUUGUAUGCGAGGAUAGGACACACAGUGCUUCAAGCCAUGAAGAUCCGCGAAUCCCGAGACCCGCAGGACGUGCAGAUGUACGACUACCGCACCCACUGGGAGCCACGUCCCAAGAAUGGCGGACAACAGCUCGGAACGCCAAUGUGCGGGCCGCAUCACCAAGUUCACCAGCAUCAUCACCAUCAUCAUCACAUUCCGACCAAUAUUAAGCUGCUUUUUAUUGUCACUGUUGUGUUUAUUGUGACGUAUGUAUUGUAUUUAGUGCUCUCUUGGAUAGAUCAGAAACAAUUGACACAGACUCAAUUCUUGGUAUUUUCCAUGUUUUAUAGAAGUUACUUUAUUCACAGUAUCAUAAACCCAAUUCUGUAUCUUAAAAUGGAUAAACAUUUUAGGGGAAAAUGUAGGAGAUUGAUGAAGAGCCUUUUUUGUGUCGAGAAAUUACGUCGAUUACGUCGUAGAUAUUAAACAAACGCACAUGUAUACGUUUUGUGUCAAACUUAGUUGUCAGUGAUUUAGUAUUGUAAUUUUUAAAUUUCCUUCAUGUAUACAAACAGAACACAAGUCCAAUAAACAUCAAAUGAAACAAAUACCGCCUUGUGUCCUUGGACUAUAUUUACGAACGUCUUGGGGUUGAGUUUAAACAUUUAGAGUCAAGAAUACGAUUUAUGUACAAGUAAUGAAAAAUAUAGUAUAUGAUUGUUUUCGAUUAAAUAUUUGCACUUUAUGGUAAAUCCUAUAUUACGGAACGCAUUCAUUUAUAUUCACCAUCGA